AUGGAUAAAUCCACACAAGAGCUCUUCUUGAACUUUAUGGUUGUUUUGAUAACCGUGCUACUUAUGUGGCUUCUCGUUAAAUCCUAUCAGGAGUGA